GGGCGUUGGUGCGUUGCUGCCUAGUUGACGUAAGCGUUCUUUCUAGUUCAUUCAUCGUUGUGUUUCGCGUGUGCGUUCACAUUAGAAGUUGUCCCGAAACAUCCAGCUUCUUGGCAUCACUUUCAAUAUCCUCUUAUUCGACGACUUUACGUGAGGAUGAUGACGUCCGAACGACAGCUCGUCGGGUUCUCAGAGGCAAUGGAUUGGCGCUUCAUGAACUUUGUGGAUCUCAUCUCGCUGAGUGUUUGCGCUUUAUGCAGCGUCGUUCCGAAAGUGACCUUUGUUCUAGAAUGUUCUCACGCACUCUGUGAACUCUGCUACGAGAAUGUCCUUCAGGGUAAGCGACAAUGUCCUUUAGACGGGCAAGACUUCGAAGAUGUUAAUACGGGCAAGUUGAUCCUAACGCCGGGGCAGAUAGGAAAACAAAAGGCGCGGUGUUGCAACGUCAGGGAAGGAUGUGAUUUUGUUGGAACUGUCGAAGAAGUGAAGCAGCACUUUUUCAGUCGAUGUACGUUUCAUGCUGUCACCUGCAGUCGAUGCCAAGUAAAGGUGCCCCGAAAGGAGAUCGUUAAUCACUAUGUGCAACAAUGCGAAUCACGAGAAUGUCCAGUUGUGUGCUCGCCGACAGACGUCAUGGACGCUGCACUGGAGAUGGGAAGAAAGAUAGACGCCUCAUUGGGAACCGUGAUAGACCGACUCUCUGCAAUGGAGGAUCAGCUCCACGUGCAUGCAACGACAAUAGGAACUGCCAAGGACAGUGUAGUAUCGAAUGGUGAUAUAUUGAAGCACUUUGUGGAACGACAAGAACGCGUAGCAAAUCAUGACAGCUUCGAAAGCGUGAACGAUAAGCUACAUGUCAUGAUGAAGCACAUCGACGAUCUGACGAAGUUUUUCAGUUUGAUAAAAGGUGCUUCGUCAGAUCUUAUUUCAGAAAACGUGGUAACGCCAGCAGAGGAAAGUGACACCGUAUCUGACAACGACCAUACCGGUGAAGCUAUUCAAAACUCACCUACUCAAGCAGCGCCCGGCGUUAGCGACGAUGAGAUCACGGUGAAGAAGGUGUUCAAAGUUGCAGUCGCUAUUUUUAAGCAAGUGUGUUCUCACCAUGAAAUGCUGGCUGAACUGCACAAAGUGAACCGUUUGAAAAACAGUGUCGCCUAUUUUCACAUUGAUGAGUUUGCCGCUAUUGCCAAAGAAUCGGUUGACACGAAAGUAACACGAUUGUCUGGAAUUUUCGUUUUGUUUGGGUACUCUUGUAAACUGGUCGUGGAAACGGGUACACGACGUGGAGACUUGUGCUUGGGUGUUUUUCUCUGUAUGUGUCAGAGCUCGAACGACUGCCUUUUGAAAUGGCCGUUUACAUUCCCUUAUACCGUAAUGUUAGUUCACCCAACUGAUGAGACAAAGAAUAUUGAGUUUCAUGUUGAUGGACCAAAACUGAUAGAUAAGUACAGUGACAGUGACAAUUUCAGAAAGCCAAUCGGAGCUCACAACGGAGGCUUUGGCACACGUGCGCUGUGCAAACUACAAGAUGUAACAAAUGGAGGUUUUGUGCACAACGACUCAAUCACUGUUGGCGUACGAAUUCCUUAACUUCCUUCAUUGAUAUGUCAAACUGGUUUACGGGAAAAACUCCGUUAGUCUUUCCUAUUUUAUGCUAUGAGGAAGCCACCCGACAUGUUCUAGCGAGCGUUUUCAUCCAUUGAUUUCAUCCUAGCUCGCUGAUAUUAUUUACAUUUCUUUGUUAGUCGUUAGCACUGCAAAAUAAUCUUUCAUGGUUACAGUAGUUGUUGACAACUUGUCACUAAACAGGGGAAUACUGUCCGAAUGCCAUCACAGCUGUCACUUGAGUUUCAUGUUCAAGUAAGUUGUAGCUAUCCCCCGUGGUAAACAUUGGGGGAAACACUGCCAACUCCAUUAUCCACCAGUCCCCUUCUAUUCGUAAACCCAUUGAGUACGUUGUUUUUAAGGGAACUCAAAUGUGUUUUUGUUAUUGAUGAGUGCAGCAGGUUAAACGAUCGUUUUUCAAACUAAUGGGUGGAAAAACACGUUUUCUAAUGGCGAAAAAAAGACGUACGCGCGACACAUGCACAUCUUACAAGAUUUAUAAAGGUUCACUUCAGUUCUCAAUUUUCAGGUAUCAUUCGUAGGAACUGUGUUUUAUUUUUUACGUUUUUGUAACAUGUUGAACUGAUACGGGCUCUGUUGUCUUGGUAGAAAUAAAGUUGGUGUUCAUUUCACUCA